AUGUCAUCCAAUAAGCAAAGAGUCGCAGUGGUGAAGAACCCUGUCCUACCAGCCCAAACCACUCCGGAACAACGUUAUUGGAGAGGUUAUACAAAUACUCAAAUUGUUAAAGAACAUAAUGCAGUCAGUCAUAUUGCUUUCAAUCCAAUAAGCCCGCAUGAUUUUGCCAUUACAAGUAGUACAAGAAUUCAAGUGUUCUCUUCAAGAACUAGAGAAGUUGUCAAGACUUUUUCAAGAUUUAAAGAUACAGUAUACAGUGGUGAAUAUAGAUUUGAUGGUAAAUUAUUUGUUGCAGGUGAUGCUUCUGGUCUUGUACAAAUAUUUGAUGCUUUACAACCAAGAACCCUUUUGGUUAGUAUCAACCCUUCAACACAUCCAACUCAUGUUACAAAAUUUCAUCCAACUUUAUCAACAAAUUUACUUACUGCAUCUGAUGAUAGAGUUGCAAGAUUAUAUGAUAUUUCAAAUUCAGCAUCUCCAAUAAUAUCUUUUGAUGAUCAUGAAGAUUAUAUUCGUACUGCUGGGUUCAUUCCAGGCUCUAAUUUAAUAACGACUGGUUGUUAUGAUGGAUUUGUUAGAAUCUUUGAUGCAAGAGUUGGUUCAGAUCCAGUUGCUAAAUAUAAACAAAAUUCUCCAGUUGAAGAUAUAUUACCAUUAACUCCAACUUCAAUGGUCACUGCUGGUGGUCCAUCAAUUAAAAUAUGGGAUUUAGCUGCAGGUAAAUUAGUUAAUGAAAUGUCAAAUUUCCAAAAAACAGUUACAUGUCUUGCAGAUGCUGGUGAUAAUAGAGGUAUAUUAACAGGUUCAUUAGAUGGUCAUGUUAAAGUAUUUGAUUUAGUUAAUUGGGAUGUUAAAUUUGGUUGGAAAUUCGGUGGUGGUGUCUUAAGUUGUGGUGUUUCACCAAAUUCAAAACAUUUUGUUGCAGGUUUAACUUCAGGUUUAUUAUCAAUUAGAACUAGAAAAACUGAACCAAAAGUUAAACAAGGUGUUAAACAAGUUAAAUCAAAUGCCUUCAAGAAAAUGCUUAGAGGUGCUGAAUAUCAAGGUGAAGAAGAACAUCGUAUUAUUAGUGAUAAACCAAAACAAUCUAAAAAAUUAAAACAAUAUGAAAGAUAUUUAAAUGCAUUCAGAUGGAGUGAAGCUUUAGAUGCUGCUUUCAUUCCAGGUGUUUCAAAAGAAAUCACCGUGACUGUUUUAGAAGAAUUGAAAAAAAGAGGUAAAGUUAGAGCUUCAUUGUCAGGUCGUGAUGAAACAAGUCUUGAACCAAUUUUAACUUGGUCAUUAAAAGCUAUUGAAGAUGUUAGAAGUGUAAAUAUAGUUGCUGAUUGGGUUGCUGUUAUAAUAGAACUUUAUGGUGGUAUGAUUGAUAAAGCUCCAGUUUUAGAAGAAUUAAUUUUAACAUUACGUAAAAAAAUUUCUCAAGAAGUUGAAAAGGCAAGAGAAGCUCAAAAAAUUGAAGGUAUGCUUCAAUUAUUAACUGCUAAUUAA